CCAAAUGGUAAAUUCAAACAAAAUCUUUUUCUUUCCAAGAACUGAUAAAAUUGGUUGCUAUAUAUAACAAACAAAAUCAGUUUCAUUCCAAAAACCGAUAAAACAGGUUGUUAUAUACAACUAGACACCCUCAUUCACUCACCUUUCGAAACUUAUUUGUGCCUCCAUUUCUUUUGACUAAUUAGUAGCUAUGAUUCUGCCGAAGAAAGCCAUGCUGUUGUUUUUGAUGGUUCUGGUAUUUUGUGGUGUAACAAAGGGUGAAGUUUACAAGGUUGGUGACUCCACAGGAUGGACAGACAUUGGUCACUUUGACUACAAAUCUUGGUCUGCCAGUAAGAAUUUCCGUGUUGGCGAUUCCAUUGUGUUCGAGUACAACAAGCAAUUCCACAACGUGGUGAGAGUGACACACAAGAACUUCGAUGCAUGCAAUGCCGCAACAACAUAUUCCACCUUCAACACUGGCAAUGACACCUUUGUGAUCAGAAGGCCAGGCCACUUCUACUUCAUUUGCAGCUUCCCUGGACAUUGUCAAAAUGGCCAGAAAGUUGACAUCAGAGUUCCUAAGCCAACGAAAUCAUCGUCCUCGCCAUCGUCUUCGCCUUCGUCUAAGCCUAAUUCUCCAUUGGAGCCAGUUACUCCAUCAGCAACAUGGGCACCUUCACCAUCUCCUGCUGCUGAUGAUAAGAAAAGUGGAUCCUCUGAAUUGUUCUUCUCUUUCAAGCUUUGGUUGUCCAUGCUUUUAAUAGUUGCCUCUAUGGUUUAAUAGAUUCAUAAUAUUCGUUACUAGCAAAAGGUCCGGUUCUUUCUUUCUUCAAAGACAGUUUUUUUAAAAAAAAUUUA